AUGGUUGAUGGGACGGGCUACGCCUUGCUGUGGUUGAGGGGACUGAGAGGGGAAGUGGUUGAGGGGACUGGGAGCGGCAGUGGUAGUGUCGCAGUUGAGGGGAUUGGGAGCGGGAGUGGUAGUGUCGUAGUUGGUGAGUGCGUUGCUAGGUUGAGGGGACUGGGAGCGGCAGUGGCUGAGGGGUCUGGAAAGGUGAGGGAAGAUGGGAUAUGA